AUGUAAACAAAAGUAAAUUGGAAAUGCUGUCCCUCUUCUCUGGGAAUACAUUCAAGUUCUACUUAAUACGUAACAAAUAGCACUGCGAUAUCAGCAAAAUGAUCUCUAAUAUCAUUCAGAGAACCUUUUUUCGUGUUAAUAGGGAAAACAGAAAUUUAUUCUUAAAUUUCCGGUAUUUUUCAAGUCAUGGAGAUCCAUUUGGUAUCCACACGAAGAAAGGCCAAGUAACAGAUCGACAGAAAAAUAUGAUGGCACGUGGUCUUCCAAAACGCUCAAAGAUACCUAACGUUGAAAACAUUAUUGUGGUAGCAUCAGGAAAGGGUGGAGUCGGGAAAUCAACAACAUCAGUGAAUUUAGCUUUGGCCUUAUCUGAAGUGGACAGAGCAGGUGAAGUUGGACUCCUGGACAUGGAUGUGUUUGGACCGUCAAUACCUCGCAUGAUGAAUUUGACAGGUGCUCCUGAACUAGACAAAGAUGAUAAUAUGAUCCCCCUCUCCAAUUACGGGAUAAAAUGUAUGUCCAUGGGGUUUCUGGUAGAAGAGAAGGCAGCAGUUGUGUGGCGUGGACCAAUGGUAAUGUCUGCUGUACAGAGACUGCUCCUCCGCACUGCUUGGGGAAAGAUAAAGUACCUGGUGCUGGAUAUGCCACCUGGGACCGGCGACACACAACUCUCCAUCUCCCAGCUGAUCAGCGUUACAGGUGCAGUGAUAGUUUCUACCCCACAAGACAUAGCUCUCCUAGAUGCUCGUCGUGGUGCUGAGAUGUUCCGUAAGGUUGACAUUCCUGUUCUUGGUCUUGUUCAGAACAUGAGUGUGUUUUGCUGUCCAAAAUGUGGCCACGAGGAACACAUAUUUGGGAAAGAUGGAGCGGUAGAGAUGGCUCAAGAACUAGAUGUCGAUGUCUUAGGCGACGUACCUCUGAACCUCCAGAUUCGCUUGGGGGCAGACAAAGGACAGCCAAUUGUAAUAUCCCAUCCUACGAGUCCUCAGGCUCGAAGUUACAUACAUAUAGCAGAGAAAAUUAAAGAGAAAAUUGAUGUUUUAAGAAGCAAAGCAUAAUUAUUAUAAUUUUUUUUUAUGCAAUGUAUAUAGUGUGGAUUGUAAAUUUAAUAAUAAAUCCAAAUCACAACUCUUA